CAGACAUCAUCCACCAUAUCUUAUACAAACAAUCUACAUAAAAUGACUUCAUCCAUUCAACUUCAAAAGACUGCAUUCAUCUUAUCAUCAAAGCGAACUCCAUUUGGCGCUUUUGGUGGUUCACUCAAAUCUCACAACGCUGCUCAACUCGGUGGAAUAUCUGCAAAAGCUGUCUUAGAAUCUGCCAACUUACCUAAAGGCAUCUCACCUGACUCGGUCAUCUUUGGAAACGUACUUUACUCAGAUCCAUCGGGUCCUUAUCUCGCUCGACAUGUUUCUCAUCAUGCCAAUCUUCCGGUUACCAUACCUGCUCUUACGGUCAAUCGAUUAUGUGGUAGUGGUUUUGAAAGCUUAGUUAGAGCUACUCAAGAGAUUGCUUUGGGUGAAUCCUCUCUCGUUCUUACUGGUGGGACCGAUAAUAUGUCAUUAUCUCCUUACACUCUUUCUGGAUCGAGUCGAUUUGGAAAUAAAUAUGGAAUUGAUCUUAGUCUACAAGAUAGCUUGUCUCAUUCUCUGAUCGAUCGAUUUCCUAAACCAACACCAAUGGGCAUCACAGCUGAAAACUUGGCCGAAAAAUACGGUAUCACACGACAAGAUUGUGAUAAUUAUGCUAUUCAAAGUCAAGAAAGAUGGGCAGCUGGAAAAUCAUCUGGAGCGUUUGAUAAAGAAAUCACUCCGAUUGAAUUGACCUCUCGUAAAGGUAAAAUCAUCUUUGAUACUGAUGAACAUCCUAGAACACCCACCAUCGAAUCUUUAUCACGACUCUCGCCCGUUUUUAAACCCGAUGGGGUAGUCACAGCUGCUAAUGCUAGUGGGAUUUGUGAUGGAGCUUCUGCAAAUUUGGUGGCUUCAGAAGACUUUAUAAAUCAGCAUUCUCUUACUCCACUUGCGCGUAUCGUAUCUUAUCAUAUUGUUGGGGUCGAACCUAGUCUGAUGGGCAUCGGGCCUGUAGAUGCUGUUAAAGGUGCAUUGAAGAAGGCUGGACUUGGUAUUGGUCAAAUUGAUAUGUUUGAUGUCAAUGAAGCUUUUGCUGCCCAGUGGCUUGCCGUUGCCAAAGAACUGGAUUUACCGAAUGAUCGAAGUAACAUGUUUGGUGGUGCUAUUGCUCUUGGACAUCCACUGGCUGCUUCAGGUGCUAGGAUCUUGAACAACCUAAGUCACAAUUUACAAAGAUUGAACAAACGAUAUGGACUUGGAGCAGCUUGUAUUGGAGGUGGACAAGGUAUUGCGGUGAUCAUUGAACGAUGUUAAGAUCGAUAUGCCUGAUUUUCGUUUGGUCAUGAGCUUGUAUUUUUUUGUUCGCAAGUUGUGUUUUUAUGAAGCAUUAUCUAUUAUUUUAUUUUAACAUUUAAUCAAUUGUGAUUCUAGUGUAGUAAAGUCAUUGUAAGAUUGCAUAAUCAUUUGAAAUCUAGACUUUAACUCUAAGAUGCUUUUGAGAU